AUGGCUCUGCUCUCAGCAGGGGGCCAGCCGUGGCUGCUGCUGCAGCUGCUGCUGCUGCUGCUCUUUGUUGGACUCGUAGGUAAAUCUGGGGCCCAACUCAGAGUGCAAUCCCCCAAACGGCUCUUGGAUAAACUCGUCUCAAUACAGGCAAUAUCUGAAGAGAACUUCUACACCAUCAUCGGCUCCACCGCCUCCUUUGGUACCCCUGCAUACGGCACUACACUGAGGGGCAGAGCCUUCUACACCCCCCACGAGCGACGCGAGGAGGCAGAUAUGACGGAGACGGGGCUACACUGUGACACCUCGUACUGCACGCGCCUGAAGGACGACAUUGACGACUGGAAGAGCACCGCGGAACAGGGGGGACUCGCCAAGCUUGCUGCGGUGCAGCAGCAGCAGUUCGAGCAGCAGGAGUUGCAGCAGCAGCAGCAACAGGUUCAUCUUUUUUACAGCCGUGUGGUUUGUUCGUUGCUGCGGCAGGUUGUGUUGGUCGUCGAUCGAGGACUGGACCCGGGGGAUGAUACGCCACAACAUCAUCAUGAGUGA